AUGGCCACAAACAAUUCAUCCAUAUCUCAAGCCAUGGCAUCCAUUUCUCACAAAUUUACAAGCAACCCACAGACCUCACUCUCUCCUCAGUUCAAGACCAAAGCUCUGCCGCUUCCAUCAUCAAGAAUUUUAUGCACUUCAAGUGAAAACAAUGAAACCAAGCAAUCUCUGUCCUCAGCAGGAAAAAUCAAACGUCUUGUUCUUCCCCAAGAGGGCAGAACAAAACUCAACACUUACCCGGACAGAGAUUUCUACGCUUAUCCACGCUUUGUGACCCAUGUUGAUGAUGGCUUCAUUUCCACAUUAACCAAUCUCUACAAACAAAAGUUGAGGCCAAACUCAGAGAUUCUUGAUCUUAUGAGUUCAUGGGUCAGCCAUUUACCAGAAGAGGUUGAGUACAAAAAAGUGGUUGGGCAUGGACUCAAUGCACAAGAACUUGCCAAGAACCCAAGGCUGGACUAUUUCUUUGUCAAGGAUCUGAACCAGGAUCAGAAGCUGGAGUUGGAGAGCUCCAGUUUUGAUGCAGUUUUGUGCACAGUCAGUGUGCAGUAUCUUCAACAGCCUGAGAAGGUGUUUGCAGAGGUGUUUAGGGUUCUAAGGCCAGGAGGGGUGUUUAUUGUGAGCUUUAGCAAUCGAUUGUUCUAUGAGAAAGCCAUAGGCGCAUGGAGAGAUGGGAGUGCAUACAGCAGAACACAAUUGGUUGUGCAAUACUUUCAAUCUGUGGAAGGGUUCACGCAAGCUGAAAUAAUUAAGAAAUUACCAGACCCUAAUGGUGGUGGUGGUGGUGGUAGUCCACAAAAUAAAUCACCAUUCAGUUGGGUCAUGGGUUUGCUGGGAUUGCUAUCCGGGUCGGAUCCCUUUUAUGCAGUGAUAGCUUACAAGAACUUCAAGCCUGUAUAUGAAUGA